AUGAGUAGAACACCGGAACGUCGUGCCCUUUCUCCUCCUCCUACUUCUCCUCCUUCUCAUACCGUCUAUGUGGCUCUUAGUGGGAGCAGGAAAAGCAAAUAUGUAGUUACAUGGGCCCUCGAAAAAUUUGCUUCUGAAGGAAAUGUUGGCUUCAAGCUACUUCACAUCCAUCCAAGGAUUACUUCUGUACCCACACCAAUGGGAAAUACAAUUCCUAUUUCCGAGGUACGAGAGGAUGUGGCAACUGCAUACAGACAGGAAAUGCUGUGCCAGUCUGAACUAGUGCUUGCACCUUUCAAGAAAAUGGUCGAGCAGAGAAAGGUUGAAGUAGAAGUUCUUGUGGUCGAAUCAAAUAAUGUGGCAGCCGCAAUAGCUGAAGAAGUUACUCGGAAUUGGAUAGAGAGACUUGUCCUUGGAAGCUCAUCCCGUAGUUUUUUCUCAAGGAAAGUUGAUAUGUGCUCAGCCAUAUCGGCUGUGAUGCCAAACUUUUGUACAGUCUAUGUUGUUUCAAAAGGAAAAUUGUCAAGCGUCCGGCCAGGAUACUUGGACACAAAUUUUACAGAUGAUAGUAGUGGAAAAAUUGACUCCUCCAGCAGUUCUUCCCGUCCCAUCUCAGAAUCAACUGAUGGAACUCCAAGUGCACGUGAAUCUCCGUCUCGUGCUCUAUCUCUUCCGGUGAGGAGAUUGCAACAAUCACCGACUUUUGGCAGACAAGCAUCAGCUCGAGUGGAAACAAAUUCUGCUGGCUUGGAUGAAACCAAGUGCAUGCAUUUGGAUGGAGAGGAAGCUAAGGAUGUUUCGAGUAUCAGUAAAAACAGCAUGGAUACUACAACACUUUCGGCUCCACCGCUAAAAGAUAAUGAGGAGAGAAAAUACCGAAUGAGUUCUUCUUCUAGCAACCCUGAAAAUGGGAAUGCCACUCACUCUCGUAUUUCUCAACAAGCUUCCAGCAUGAGUGAUAAUAUAAGUGAACCAUCUUUUACAAGUAACCAGGCAAACCUAAGCUUUGAGGUUGAUAAGUUGAAAGCUGAGCUUAGACACAUUCAAGAAAUGUAUGCUGUUGCUCAAACCGAAAUAUUUGAUGCUUCUCGAAAGCUUGGUGUGCUUAACCAACGCCGGUUAGAAGAAGCUAGAAAGCUUGAAGAGAUAAAGCUAAAGGAGUACGAAGCUCGAGAGUUAGCAGAAAAGGAAAAACAGAAUUUUGAAAAGGCGAGGCGGGAUGUAGAGAGCAUGAGAGAAAAAGUGGAGAAAGAAAUUGCACAGAGAAGAGAAGCUGAGAGGAAAGCCACUCGUGAUGCCCAAGAGAAAGAGAAGCUUAAAGACACUCUUGGGACUCCACAGAUGCAAUAUCAACACUUCACUUGGGAAGAAAUAGUGGCUGCCACUUCAUCUUUCUCAGACGAGAUGAAGAUCGGAAUGGGAGUUUGUGGAGCUGUUUACAAGUGUAAUCUGCAUCAUACAACUGCAGCUGUCAAAGUUUUGCAUUCCCCUGAAAGUCGCCUGUCCAAAGAAUUCCAACAAGAGCUUGACAUCUUGAGUAAGAUUCGGCACCCACACUUGGUUCUCCUUCUAGGAGCAUGCCCAGAGCAAGGAGUUUUAGUUUAUGAGUACAUGGAAAACGGUAACUUGGAAGAGAGACUGUUCCAGGUCAACAACACUCCGCCACUCCCGUGGUUUGAGCGGGUUAGGAUCGCUUGGGAAGUCGCAGCGGCUCUUGUCUUCCUCCACAAAUCAAAGCCUAAACCGAUCAUUCACCGUGAUCUAAAACCCGCAAACAUCUUACUUGAUCACAACCUUGUUAGCAAAGUCGGAGACGUUGGACUCUCAACGAUGGUUCAAGUCGACCAUUUAUCAACUAAUUUCACCAUAUACAAACAAACAACCCCUGUAGGGACGUUAAGUUAUAUGGAUCCUGAGUAUCAACGCACAGGAAGGAUAUCAUCCAAGUCAGAUGUAUAUUCCUUUGGAAUAAUACUUCUUCAGCUUCUCACAGCAAAACCGCCUAUGGCAUUGACACACUUUGUUGAGAGUGCAAUGGAUAGUAACGAUGGGUUUCUCAAGAUCUUAGAUUGGAAGGCGGGUAACUGGCCAGUUGAAGAGACCCGGGAGUUAACCGCAUUGGCUUUGUGUUGCACAGAGCUACGCGGGAAAGAUAGGCCUGAUUUAAAAGAUCAGAUUCUUCCGGCCUUGGAGAGCAUGAAAAGAUGGAUGUCUCUGAAUGCACAGGAAGCUAAUGAUGUUUCAAGUAUCAAUAACAGUAGCACAUGUACAUCAUUUUCAACUCCAUCGCUAAGAGAUUAUGAGAUGAGAAAAUACUCAAUGAGUUCUUCUUCGAGCAACUAUGAAUAUGGGAAUGCCACUCACUCUCGUACUUCUGAACAAGCUUCCAGCAUGUGGGAUAAUACAAGUGAACAAUCUUGUACAAGUAACCAGGUCAACCUAAUUAGUUUCGAGGUAGAUAAAUUGAACGCUGAGCUUAGACACAUUCAAGAAAUGUAUGCAGUUGCUCAAACCGAAAUCUUUGAUGCUUCUCGAAAGCUUGGUGAGAUUAACCAUCGCCGGUUAGAAGAAGCCAGAAAGCUUGAAGAGAUAAAGCUAAAGGAGUACGAAGCUCAAGAGUUAGCAGAAAAGGAAAAGCAGAAAUUUGAAAAGGCGAGGCAAGAUGUAGAGAUCAUGAGAAAAAAAGUGGAGAGAGAAAUAGCGAAGAGGAGAGCAGCUGAGAGGAGAGCCACUCGUGAUGCUCAAGAGAAAGAGAAGCUUGAAGGCACUCUUGUGUCUCCACAGCUGCAAUAUCAACACUUCACUUGGGAAGAAAUUGUGGCUGCCACUUCAUCUUUCUCAGAUGAGAUGAAGAUUGGAAUGGGAGUUUGUGGAGCUGUUUACAAGUGUAGUCUGCAUCAUACAACCGCAGCUGUCAAAGUUCUGCAUUCCCCUGAAAGUCGUCUGUCCAAAGAGUUCCAACAAGAGCUAGAAAUCUUGAGUAAGAUUCGGCACCCGCACUUGGUUCUCCUUAUAGGAGCAUGCCCGGAGAAAGGAGCUUUAGUUUAUGAAUACAUGGAAAAUGGUAACCUGGAGGACAGACUUUUCCAGGUCAACAACACUCCCCCACUUCCCUGGUUUGAGCGGGUUAGGAUCGCUUGGGAAGUCGCAUCGGCUCUCGUCUUCCUCCACAAAUCAAAGCCUCAACCGAUCAUCCACCGUGAUCUAAAACCCGCAAACAUCUUACUUGAUCACAACUUUGUCAGCAAAGUGGGAGACGUUGGACUCUCAACCAUGGUUCAAGUCGACAAUUUAUCAACUAAGUUCACUAUAUACAAACAAACAACCCCUGUAGGGACGUUAAGUUAUAUGGAUCCUGAGUAUCAACGCACAGGAAUGAUAUCAACUAAGUCAGAUGUCUAUUCAUUUGGAAUAAUACUUCUUCAGCUUCUCACGGCAAAACCGGCUAUGGCAUUAACACACUUAGUUGAGGCUGCGAUGGAUAGUAACGAUGGGUUUCUCAAGAUCUUAGAUCGAAAAGCGGGUAACUGGCCAAUUGUUGAGACCCGUGAGUUGACCGCAUUGGCUUUGUGUUGCACAGAGCUACGCGGGAAAGAUAGGCCUGAUUUAAAGAGUCAGAUUAUUCCGACGCUGGAGAGCAUGAAAAGAGUAGCUGAGAAGGCAAGGAAUCCAAUCUUCGGGUUGCCGACACAGCCUCCAAAACAUUUCAUAUGCCCCUUACUUAAGGACGUCAUGAACGAGCCUUGCGUUGCAGCUGAUGGAUACACGUAUGACCGUCAUGCGAUAGAAAAGUGGCUUGAGAAGCACGACACAUCGCCAAUGACGGAUUCACCGUUAAAUGACAAGAACCUUUUGCCCAACUAUGCUCUGUAUACAGCCAUCAUGGAGUGGAGGUCUAGACAAAAGUAAAAGUAAAACCUGUG